AGGAGAAAUGGAGAUGGAAGUCUCUGGAAGUCAGAUAUAAAGGUCUCCUAACACUGCUAAGCCGACUCACUCCUUUUGUUUUUCUACUAUCGUGAAUAUGUCGGACACCGCAGGAAAGACGAUUCAGUGCAAGGCGGCUAUUUGCUGGGCAGCCGGUGAACCCCUCAAAAUCGAGGAUAUCGAAGUUCUUCCUCCUCGGGCUCACGAAGUCCGUAUCCAUAUCCUGUACACCGGCAUCUGCCAUACCGAUGAGUACACUCGUAGUGGCAAGGACCCUGAGGGCGUCUUCCCUGUCGUUCUCGGUCACGAAGGUGGAGGAAUUGUCGAAUCUGUUGGUGAAGGUGUUACCAGUGUUGCCGUUGGCGACCAUGUUAUUCCUCUCUAUACCGCUGAAUGUCGCGAGUGCAAAUUCUGCAAGAGCGGCAAGACCAACCUUUGCGGAUCAGUCCGAGCCACCCAAGGCAAGGGUUUGAUGCCAGACAGCACCAGCCGAUUCCGAUGCAAGGGUCAGGAUAUCCACCACUUUAUGGGAACAUCCACGUUCUCUCAAUACACUGUAGUUGCCGAUGUCUCUGUUGUUGCCGUCAACCCGAAGGCACCGUUAGAUAAAGUCUGUCUGCUCGGCUGUGGUAUCACCACCGCUUGGGGAGCAGUUGUAAAACAACCCGGAAUCAAGGGUUCUAGUGUCGCCGUCUUCGGUUGCGGCGCCAUCGGUCUUGGACUUAUCGCUACGUCUUCAAUGGUCGGGGCUUCGAGGAUCAUCGCCGUCGACACCAACCCAAACAAGGAAGCCUGGGCUCGCAAGUUUGGUGCUUCAGACUUCGUGAACCCUGCCAAACUACCCGAGGGCACUCGCAUUCAGGAAUACUUGGUUGAAUUGACUGAUGGCGGUCUUGACUACACGUUUGACGCUACCGGCAAUGUUCACGUUAUGCGGGCAGCCCUUGAGUGUUGCCACAAGGGUUGGGGUAUCAGCACCAUCAUCGGUGUCGCCGCUGCUGGCCAGGAAAUCUCUACCAGACCAUUCCAACUCGUGACUGGCCGUGUCUGGCGAGGAUCCGCGUUCGGUGGUGUCAAGGGUCGAACUGAACUUCCUGGGCUCGUCGAGGACUAUCUCCAAGGUAAUGUGAAGAUCGAUGAGUACGUUACCCAUACGCGCAAGUUCAGCGAGAUCGGCGAGGGCUUCCACGACAUGCAUUCUGGUGACUGCAUCCGUUGCGUUGUCGAUAUGUCUUGAGAUGUCUGCAUCGGUUUUAUUGGAAGAAUGAGAGUGUUUGUGCCGAACGUAUAUUCAAAGCAUUGUAUCAAAUAGCAAUUAUCAAUGAACUAUCUACAGCGAAUAACCUAUGUCAGAGAUAAUGGAAACCAGAGGGGUCAUACUGCCUUGUCAACCAGCACUCGCGGCCUCCUAUGCCCAAGUAUUGCACGCCACAAGCCGCCUAAUGCAGCAUAUACCUCUUUCCUUCGCAUUCCACUUCUCCUCCACGCCAACUUGGCGAUGGCAAGGACACAGAGAAGGAAAGAAAUAUCUAAGAAUAAGCGGCGUAUCACCACAAGGAAUUCUGGACAGUGGUUUGAGAACGAAUGCCCACAUACCCAUAUCAUC